ACACCGAAGCUUCCAUCUAUCUUCUUAUUCUCUCCCUCUCUCUAGCUCUCGCUCCCGGACAAUCAAAUCCGAAUUCGCGAUCUCUCACUGGAACAAGACCUUAUCGGAAAAUGUCAUCAACAUUCAGCGGCGAUGAGACUGCCCCCUUCUUCGGCUUCCUCGGCGCUGCAGCCGCGCUCGUUUUCUCAUGUAUGGGAGCUGCGUAUGGUACGGCGAAGAGCGGUGUAGGCGUGGCUUCAAUGGGAGUGAUGAGGCCGGAGCUGGUGAUGAAAUCGAUAGUGCCAGUUGUUAUGGCGGGAGUGUUAGGUAUUUACGGUUUGAUCAUUGCUGUCAUUAUUAGCACUGGAAUUAACCCUAAGGCCAAGUCGUAUUACCUGUUCGAUGGCUACGCUCGCCUUUCCUCUGGUCUCGCUUGUGGUCUUGCUGGUCUCUCUGCCGGUAUGGCUAUUGGAAUUGUCGGCGAUGCUGGCGUCAGCAUGCAUAGCAUCACAUGGGAUGUGGACGGAUCAUCUAUGUAUUAUCUUUGGCAUGAUGCUGAUCAACCUUUAAGUGUGUUUUCCCCUUUCUUUUUUCCAGAGGGCUAAUGCACAGCAGCCAAAGCUUUUUGUUGGAAUGAUUCUCAUUCUUAUCUUUGCUGAGGCAUUAGCUCUAUAUGGCCUCAUUGUUGGGAUCAUCCUGUCUUCCCGAGCUGGUCAAUCCAGAGCUGAAUAGAAUGCCUCUUAAUUGUGAGGUUGCCUCCAUUGGUCAUACUGAGUUGGUGUGGCUAAUACAUUGUUUUCUCUGUUAUGUCAAGUUAUUAGUGAUGCAUGCGUUUUCUUGGAUAUAUCUUUAUCAUGCUGGCUGUAUAAUUUGGACAAAACAUUUCUUUGAAGUGAAGCUUGUUAUUUGUUCCAUUUCUUUUUGCUGUAUUCUUAAUAUUGAACAAUUGUAGUAGUUUUCAUUGCAAAACAAUUCGAUGUGUUUGUCUGUUA